AUGGAAUUUCUUUUAAUUCAAUAUAAUUAUUUUCACAGGUUCUUUUUUCUUUCAAGCCUAAAGAAUGAUUUAGUUAGAUGGGUAAUGCUAAUCAUUUCUUGUAUUUUUAGUUCGAAUAACGGGCCCAAAAAACAUAAACUUGUUAUAUAAUUUAUACUAAAAGCCCUUAUAAAAUGCCAUUUACCAAUUUUGAUCUUAUUAAUUGUUCUGUAAAAAAUUAUAUACACAACUUCUUAGAUUGAAACAAGAGAAUUGAAGAAUAAUUGAAAAUAUUAUUGAAAGAAAAUUUCUUAAAUGAAAUAUAACCAUAGCUUAAUCCUACUUAAGAGCUUUAAUUCUCUUAAUAACUGACAUUUUCAACUACAUAUAAAUUUAAGAGUUGUUCAGUAACUUAGAAUGGAAAAGUUAUUGAGAAUAAUACAGGUGGUUGGUAUUGUUGUAUGUGUGAUUAAAUUAUUCCUAAGAAUAAUUUGAUUUAAUUUGCAUUUAAAAUUAUUAAAUUGGGUAGUGGCAUUAUGAUUGGAAUUGGUUUUAGGGAUAUUGUGUAGAGUAUAGGUUAUUUUAAUUGUUUUUCAAUUGGAAGAGGGUAUAUUUAUAAUAAUAAUAGUUCAAAAUAGAACAUAUAAUAUACAUAAUUCUGGUUAUUGUUAAAAUCAUGAUUAAUAAGAUAAAGAUAGUAAAUAAAUAGCAUUUCAAUUUUCUACAAAUGAUAUAAUUAUUGUUGAAGUGGAUAUUGAAAAGAAGUACGUGAAAUGGAUAAAGUAAUCCACAAAUGAAUCAUUUGUAUCAAUUUCUAUUUAUUAUUAGACUCUUGCUAUUCAUACAUCAAAAGAGUUGUAUCCAUGUGUACAUAUAAUUAACAAAAGUAAAGUAGAGAUAUCAAAUUAAGUGAUCAAAUGA